AUGUCACAGUCACAGGAGUGCAGAGGCUUCAACCAGCUCAUGCCCGGCAAUGAAACCGGUGGACUCUACAUCUUGCUGCUGGUGUCCCUCUUCCCGCUGUACUACUGGUGCUUUACAGACGAAAGUGCUGAGGAUGAGUUUGAAAUAUCCUUUGUUUGCCAUCGGCCUGAUGAUCUGGACAUACUACAGGAAGAGACUGAAUUCAGCAAGAAAGAGCUGCAGUUCCUCUACAGGGCCUUCAAAAAUGAAUGUCCCAGUGGAGUGGUGACUGAGGACGUGUUUAAACUCAUUUACUCUCAGUUCUUCCCACAGGGAGAUUCAAGCAUUUAUGCACAUUACCUCUUUGAGGCAUUUGACACUAACAGGAAUGGUUGUUUGAGUUUUAAGGAGUUUGUUGCUGGUCUGUCACUCAUCCUUAGAGGUUCAAUAUAUGACCGGCUAAAUUGGGCAUUUAAUUUCUAUGAUCUUGAUAAAGAUGGAUUCAUCACACGAGAGGAGAUGAUGAAGAUCAUGAAGUCGAUUUAUAAUUUGAUGGGGAAGUAUGUGUAUCCCUCCAUACAUGAUGAUACUCCCAGAGAACAUGUGGAAAACUUCUUUCAGAAAAUGGACAGAAACCAUGAUGGAUUGAUCACUAUUGAGGAGUUCAUGGAGUCAUGUCAAAAGGAUGCCAAUAUUAUGCGGUCAAUGCGGCUGUUUGACAGUGUCUUUUAGGAGAUUCUGCCCAACUGUGGAUUUCGGCACAUUCUUCUCUUUCCAUCAAGAAAUUUCUCCAUAAAGAAUCUUACUGUGUUCACACUGUACUUAUAUAGUAUGCAUUUUUAUAAUAUGUGGGGUUUGCUAUUUUUUUAAUCAUAGAAGGCCUUUAGGGAAGCACACA